GGCAGUAGUGGGAUGAGGUGUGGGAUUGAGGGGGAACAUUGCUGUGUGUACUUCAUAGGAAGAAAGCGCUGCUUGUUUGCCACACUACUAUCUGCCCAAAGGGAACUUAGAUGGGUGACCAGGAAUAUCUUCACAUUCAUCUUCCAGACAGCUGGCGCAUAUACUUCCUGGAUGUAAAAAGUUGGAUAUAGUUGGAGGAAAAACUUUUGUGAGCAACUUACCUGGAAACUAACUGAUAAACAUUUGGAGUAUCUGACCUUGUUGUUGCCAAUUUGUACCUACUGUAACCACUCCUAAUGUAGAAGACUAUGCUGGCAAAGAUCCAGUUUCAUUAGAACAAGAUUGUAUUCCCCUUUCAUUUGGAUUGGAAUGAAGGAACCAACAAUGGGAUUGCACUCAAGAUAACACUCCUGGAAAGGGUAUCUAAUGGCUCUCAUCUUUUUGGGUGGUUUAUAUCUGCACUUUUGAUGGUUUUCAUAUCUGAAGGAUUUUCCUUUUGGAAAUAUUUCAAAUAAAAAAUUGUUUUUCCUUGGAAAUAACUUCUUCCUUGAACACUAUACAUCAUGGGAGACAUGGCUAACAACUCGGUAGCAUACAGUGGUGUAAAAUACACUAUAAAAGAUUCCAAUCAUGGAGACUUUGGCAUUACACUUGAAGAGCUUCGUGAUCUUAUGGAAUUGCGUUCUGCAGAUGCUUUGCAUAAAAUACAAGAUUGCUAUGGAGAUGCACAUGGAAUCUGUACAAGAUUGAAAACUUCUCCAAAUGAAGGCUUAAGUGGAAACCCAGCAGAUAUAGAAAGGAGAGCAGCUGUGUUUGGGAAGAACUUUAUACCUCCUAAAAAGCCAAAAACAUUUCUUCAAUUAGUAUGGGAAGCACUACAGGAUGUUACAUUAAUUAUAUUAGAAAUUGCAGCCAUAGUAUCAUUGGGCCUUUCUUUUUACCAACCACCAGGAGGGAAUGAAGCAGUAUGUGGAACAGUAGCAGCUGGUGAAGACGAGGAUGAAAGUGAAACAGGCUGGAUCGAAGGAGCUGCAAUUCUCCUGUCUGUCGUUUGUGUGGUAUUAGUCACAGCUUUCAAUGACUGGAGUAAAGAGAAACAAUUUAGGGGAUUGCAAAGCCGCAUUGAACAAGAGCAGAAGUUUACUGUCAUCAGGGGUGGCCAAGUCAUCCAGAUACCUAUAGCUGACAUAGUUGUUGGUGAUAUUGCACAAGUAAAAUAUGGUGACCUUUUACCAGCAGAUGGUGUACUUAUACAAGGAAAUGACCUCAAAAUUGAUGAAAGCUCACUGACUGGAGAAUCUGAUCAUGUUAAGAAAACAUCUGAUCGAGAUCCUAUGUUGCUCUCAGGUACUCAUGUAAUGGAAGGUUCUGGACGAAUGGUAGUUACUGCUGUAGGUGUAAACUCACAAACUGGAAUUAUCUUUACCUUGCUUGGUGCUGGAGGUGAUGACGAAGAAGAAAAGAAAGAAAAAGAGAAAAAGGACAAGAAAACAAAAGCUCAGGAUGGUGCAGCGAUGGAAAUGCAGCCCCUAAAAAGUGAAGAUGGUGGUGAUGGAGACGACAAAAAAAGAAACAAUAUGCCCAAGAAAGAAAAAUCGGUUCUUCAAGGAAAGCUCACUAAGCUAGCAGUUCAGAUUGGCAAAGCAGGAUUGCUGAUGUCUGCAGUCACAGUCAUCAUUCUUGUAUUAUAUUUUGUAAUUGAUACCUUCUGGGUCCAGAAACGUGCUUGGCUUGCUGAAUGUACACCAAUAUAUAUUCAGUACUUUGUGAAGUUCUUUAUCAUUGGUGUUACUGUCCUGGUUGUGGCAGUUCCAGAGGGUCUUCCGCUUGCAGUUACUAUCUCACUGGCUUACUCUGUAAAGAAAAUGAUGAAAGAUAAUAACUUGGUCAGACAUCUGGAUGCUUGUGAAACAAUGGGAAAUGCAACAGCCAUUUGCUCAGAUAAAACAGGAACAUUGACAAUGAACAGAAUGACAGUAGUCCAAGCUUACAUCAGUGAAAAACAUUAUAAAAAAAUUCCUGAGGCACAAGCUAUUCCUGAGAAAACCUUGUCAUACCUUGUAACAGGAAUCUCUGUAAACUCUGCUUAUACUUCCAAAAUCUUGCCUCCUGAAAAGGAAGGUGGCUUGCCCCGUCAUGUUGGUAAUAAAACUGAAUGUGCCUUGCUGGGACUGCUUCUGGAUUUGAAACGAGACUACCAGGAUGUUAGAAAUGAAAUACCAGAAGAGGCACUUUACAAAGUCUACACCUUCAACUCUGUUAGAAAGUCCAUGAGUACUGUGUUAAAGAACUCUGAUGGCAGUUUCCGGAUAUUCAGCAAGGGUGCCUCCGAGAUAGUACUUAAAAAAUGCUUCAAGAUACUGAGCGCUAAUGGUGAACCCAAAGUGUUCAGGCCAAGGGACCGUGAUGAUAUUGUAAAAACUGUGAUUGAGCCUAUGGCCUCAGAGGGACUCAGAACCAUAUGUCUGGCAUUCAGAGACUUCCCAGCUGGAGAACCUGAGCCAGAAUGGGACAAUGAAAAUGACAUUGUCACUGGGCUUACAUGUAUUGCUAUUGUAGGCAUUGAAGACCCUGUGAGGCAUGAGGUACCAGAUGCAAUAAAAAAAUGCCAGCGUGCUGGUAUAACUGUGCGUAUGGUUACUGGUGAUAAUAUCAACACUGCCCGUGCUAUCGCUUUAAAAUGUGGCAUUUUGCAUCCUGGUGAAGAUUUCUUAUGCAUAGAAGGUAAAGAAUUCAACCGACGAAUACGUAAUGAAAAAGGAGAGAUAGAACAAGAGAGAAUAGACAAAAUUUGGCCCAAGCUUCGUGUGCUUGCAAGAUCAUCCCCCACUGACAAACACACACUGGUAAAAGGUAUAAUAGACAGCACAGUUUCAGAACAGAGGCAAGUUGUAGCGGUGACUGGUGAUGGUACCAACGAUGGCCCAGCAUUGAAAAAAGCAGAUGUUGGCUUUGCCAUGGGUAUCGCUGGAACUGAUGUAGCUAAAGAAGCAUCUGAUAUUAUUCUCACCGAUGACAACUUCACAAGCAUUGUUAAAGCAGUUAUGUGGGGCCGAAAUGUGUAUGACAGUAUCUCCAAAUUCCUUCAGUUCCAGCUUACUGUCAAUGUAGUUGCAGUAAUUGUUGCUUUCACGGGAGCAUGUAUUACACAAGAUUCUCCACUUAAAGCUGUUCAGAUGUUAUGGGUAAAUCUCAUAAUGGACACACUGGCUUCGCUUGCCUUGGCAACGGAACCACCCACAGAAUCUCUCUUGCUGAGGAAGCCUUACGGUAGAAAUAAACCUCUCAUCUCGCGAACAAUGAUGAAGAAUAUUCUGGGCCAUGCUUGCUAUCAGCUUGUGGUUGUCUUUACACUCCUGUUUGCUGGUGAAAAAAUAUUUGACAUUGAUAGUGGACGGAAUGCACCUCUUCACGCACCUCCUUCAGAGCACUAUACUAUUGUGUUUAAUACAUUUGUUAUGAUGCAGCUUUUUAAUGAAAUAAAUGCCCGAAAAAUCCACGGGGAAAGGAAUGUAUUUGAAGGAAUUUUCAAUAAUGCUAUAUUCUGUACCAUAGUUCUGGGCACAUUUAUUGUACAGAUCGUCAUUGUGCAGUUUGGAGGAAAACCUUUCAGUUGUUCAGAGCUUACAGCAGAACAAUGGCUCUGGUCAAUUUUUCUAGGAAUGGGAACACUUCUCUGGGGCCAGUUGAUAUCAACAAUUCCAACCAGCCACUUGAAAUUCCUUAAAGAAGCUGGUCAUGGAACCCAGAAGGAAGAGAUUCCAGAAGAAGAGUUGGCAGAAGAUGUAGAGGAGAUUGAUCAUGCUGAAAGAGAACUGCGGCGUGGUCAGAUAUUGUGGUUUAGGGGCCUAAACAGGAUACAAACUCAGAUGGAUGUAGUGAAUGCUUUCCAGAGUGGAACUUCUAUUCAGGGGGCUCUAAGGCGGCAACCUUCCAUCGCCAGCCAGCAUCAUGAUAUCCGAGUGGUGAAUGCAUUUCGUAGUUCCUUAUAUGAAGGAUUAGAAAAACCUGAGACACGAAGUUCGAUCCACAAUUUUAUGACGCAUCCGGAGUUUAGCAUAGAAGAUUCUGAGACUCAUAUUCCCCUUAUUGAUGAUACCGAUGCUGAAGAUGAUGCUCCAACAAAACGAAACUCCACUCCUCUUCCACCCUCUCCCAACAAAAAUAACAAUGCUGUUGACAGUGGAAUUCAUCUUACAACAGACUUGAACAAGUCUGCUACCUCUUCAUCCCCAGGGAGCCCACUACAUAGUUUGGAAACAUCACUCUGAUUGUAAGCCGAAUGUUAAUACAUUAGCUGCAUUGUAAAGAAACAAAUUGAAACUGGGUCUUCUCACUCACCCACUGAAAUGGGCAAGAUGGUAUUCUUGUCUUGGACUUCAACAAGAAGAUAUACUUGUACGAAUGUAGAUUUAUUUUUUUAAAAAAAGCUUUCUGCCAGACUUGAGGGUGCUUUUGGGGGUGGGAGUAAUAAUGAACUCUGACAGAUAAACAGUAACUUGGUUUAAGUGACCUGUGGAUCAUCAGCUGUACUUAAAAAUGGCCCUUAAGAAUGUCUUAGCGGAGCUUUCGUUUCUUGUUCCUUUUUGAGGAGAGGUCUGGAAAGGGCAAGGGAGCUCUGGAUCACUGAAUUGAUGAUGAUUUUUCAUUUCUGCUGUUGGCUGUUAAUAAUUUGGAUUAUUUAUGUUUAUAAAUGAUACAGAUCUGUUUACAAGGUUUGUAGAUACUUUUUUGUUCCUGUUCAUAGAUGGGAAGCUUCCUUAUAAAUGAUGCAGAAAAUAUUAGUCCAUCAAAUACUGCUGUAUUUUCAGGAAAGGGUGUUUCUAUUGAAACUGUACUAAAAUUUUGCCUGCAACUUACCUUGUUAAAUAUUGUAGAUAAAAUUGCUACUACUAAUAGCCAAAUAGGUAACACUAAUGCUUUGUAAAAACAAAAAACAAGGGGGGGAAACCAUGAGCAGUGGUGUUCUGAUGAAGUUAUGGCCUCUGUCCUAAUUAGUUUCUUAAACAUUUACUACUUAAUGGUUUUGAAGCAACUGUACAAAAUUUAAAAAUUGAGAAACUUACUGAAUAACUUCUGUUCAGAAUUUAGUAGAGGAUUGUUUAAUGCAGGACAAUGAGAUGGAAGUUGCUUGAAAUACUUUUGUUAUCUCAGGCAAAAUGGAUUAAAUCAAAAUACAUCAGAACCUUAGUCCUUUUGUUUUUGUCUAAACACAGUAGCUUAGUGCUGUCUUGGUGAACUGUGAGUGAAGCUGUUUAUUUUUUCUGAUCUUUAGUAUCUUUACAGCAUGAGGGCUGCUGGCAUUUGGAAAGUCAUUAGUAGGUAGCAUAAAUGUUUUCUUUUUGUUUUGAAAUUCAUUUGUAAAAAAAAUAAAUAAAUCGGCCCUUUUGUUAAAAUAAAUAUGCGGCAAUGUUUUUUACAGUAUUCAGCAUCUUUACAAAUUGUUGGUUUUUUAAAAAAAUAGAUUUUGGUGGCUUUGUUGAGAAUGAAGUUAAUGAAAGUUUUUCCAAAAAAAUAAAUAAAAAUACACUGGGUGAUAUCCAACAGUGUCAGUCAGCUUUUGCAAGUGAGUCUUGCUUGUGCGAUGGGACUUGGAACUUCACCAUUCUCUCCUCCCCCCUGCAUGCCCCCAGAAUCUGCCCCAUAGGAUUAGGGGUCCCACUGGAGCAGCUUGAGGGGGCAUGGGAGGUGGCUCUAAGGGAAGGGGAAGUCCUGUCUCAUGUUCACUGCUGCAGUGCUGAAUAUCACUCACUGUUCUCAUUGGUGCAACAGAUGAGAUUUGCGAAUCAGGCUGGAUAUUUUCUCAAGGCUUAAAGGUCUUAAUAUUGGCAGCAAAAUGUGCUCUCCUAUAAGGUUACCCGUGACUACUUAAAAAAGAAAACCAGAAUUCUUGGAAAUAAAGUCAGAUGGGAAGUAUUGACUAUCCUUAUAAACCAGUUUUUUGGGGGGGCCAAAAAUAGCACAGGUAGCAAGAAGCUGGAAAACAUACAAUUGAGUCUCUGAAAGUUGGAUUUUUCUAAAAGCAGUGUUUUGUAACAAUCUGUUCCUCCUUUUGGAUUUCUUUUCUGCAUCUAAAACAUUUUCUCCUCCUGCAAGUCUUGGAUACUUUUUUUUUCUUUUGCCAGUGAAGCCAAACAAAGAGGAAAAGAAUAAAUAACUCAGAUAAGUAGUUUGAUGAAAGUACUGCUGAGUGGGAAAGUGAAACAGGACCCUUGACAGUAGCUCUUUGUGCGUUCUGAGUCAUGGCUGAAGGCGCCUAGGUUUCACUCUUCAAAACGAUCUGCUUUUAAAUCCUUUUGUAAGAGCUGUGCCUUUCUCAUAAGGGAACCUGGCAUGCAUCAGCUCUGAUGGUAGGUGGUGUUUUGACCUAGUUUGAGGAGAGUAGUUCUGGGGAAGCUAACCUAACAAGGUAAAGAGAAGAGGAUGCACCAUAUAUGUAGUGUGUAGAAUUAAACAACUCGAGAAUGAAAUGGCUACACUGGGUAGGUAAUGCCUAAAUCAAAUGCAGAUUGUUGCAGUUUUUCAAUGAAAUGAUGUACAAAUGUUCAAGUAAAAUAUUUAGGAUUUUGGUAUUCAACCAACUCUCUUCAGUGGGCAUAUAUAGCCAUCCUUGAAGGUUUUGCACAUUGUAUCCCACUGUCAACCAACGACUCAUUCAAAUUUCAUGAAUGGUUUCUCCUAGUCCCUUCUGGAAAAUUCACUAUAUAGUCACACUACAUUUGUACUUUUAUGUAACAGCUAUUCCAGAGGUUCCUUCUUGUAAGUGGAGAGGAAAUACAGUUUGGGAAGGUGACAAUCUUGUAACCAGGAGGAGAGUGUUCCUGCAACAGAUAUAGAUAAGUGAAAUUUAACUGUCGAGAUUCAAUGUAAUAGUACUUGUUACAUUUUUACCUUGCUAUUUGAACACAAUCCUGGGGUUUUUUCUGUCUGAAUGGUAGUCAUGAUUGCACUCUACUGUCCAAAAAUCUACUGUGAAUUAUUUCAGACCUUUUUUUUGAGGAACUGUAGACUUUGUGUACAAAUUAUCCAUUUUGAUGCUGUUGACCGACAGUACAUUGAGUCUUACAGCAAGUGUAAGUGUAAUCUGAAAUUGGGACUACUUGUUCAAUAACGUUACUACUGUGAAAGCAACAUACCAUAUUAUGUUAGUUAUCAAACUAUCGUUGCUGCUUUUCAACUGCUGAGCCCCACAUUGCUUUCUCUGGUUGUAAGGCUUUUUAGCUUGCUCAAUGUAACUUAAAUAAAUAAAUGUGCUGUUUAUCUGUC